UUGAAUAAGAAUCUCGCCUACUAUUAGAUUCACUUGAAAAGAUUUGGAAAACUUUGAAAUAUUACAUAAAACAUAGAGUUUUGAUUUGACUCGAAGGAUUGCUGUCAAAACAAGGGACAGCAAUCUUCAUUGCAUAUAUUAUGGGGAAUAACGGGCCUGCUGAUGAUGUCGAAGAAAAAGAGCAUUUUCAGAGGAUCGUCAAUGCAUUUCGUUAUUACAGGUCUUUCUCGUUGCAACGUCUUGCUGCAUCGGAUACCUAUGUCUCUACACUCCCCCAGCACCACCAAAAGUUACUGACAAGUUAUCGUUCUCAUUUGGAAGACAUUAGGACUUGUGUGGAGCACAACUACGAAAUCAUCAAGCUUAUCACAGCAGAUGUUGCUACGCUGUUUGAAAACGUCAAGCAUGAUGCUGGUCAAGUCAAGUCUAAAGUUCAUCCCACCAUGAGCGAUAUGGAGAAGGUCCAGUCAACGUUGAAACAAAUUGUCAGGGAUUGGAGUAAGGAUGGUGAACAAGAAAGAGCUGCAUGUUAUGAUCCUAUCAUUGAAGAAAUUGAACACAAAUUUCCACCUGGCGAGAGGGCCUUAGAGCAAGUGCAAAUCCUAGUCCCCGGUGCGGGGCUUGGUCGACUAGCAUUCGAGAUAGCCAAAAGAGGUUACAGCUGUCAAGGCAAUGAGUUCAGUCUCUUCAUGCUUUUUGCAUCCAAUUUCGUCUUGAACAAAUGUCAGGGGGUCGAGACGUUUCGUGUUUAUCCAUGGACGCAACAGUUCGUCAAUACUUUAUCAGCUGCUGAUGUAACUAGAGGGUCUUCCUUCCCUGAUCUUGAUCCAUCGUCACUACCACGCCAUGCUCAGUUUUCGAUGGCUGCUGGCGAUUUCCUCGAAGUUUACACUGAAGCAAAUACUUGGGACUGCAUAGCUACAUGUUUCUUCAUAGACUGCGCGAAUAACAUCGUUAGUUUCAUCGAAACCAUUUACAAAAUAUUAAAGAACGGUGGCAUUUGGAUCAAUUUAGGGCCAUUGCUGUAUCAUUACUCUGAUAUCCCUGGCGAAAAUUCUAUCGAGCCGACCUACGAAAUGGUCAGAGAAAUCGUACAAGGGCUAGGGUUUAUCAUUGAGAAAGAACAAACGGGGGUUAAAACAACCUAUUCUCAAAAUGUUCGUUCCAUGCUCAAAUACGAAUACGAGAGCGUCUUUUUCGUCUGCCGGAAGCCUUGACAAAAAUUCUUUUUGGAAUAAAUUUUGGUCACUCUUCAGUGUACCUUGUGACAAAGAAUUUUUUUUUUUUUUAAUACAUGUCUCAGAUUUUUACACCA